UCAUUUGACUAAAUACACAAAUAACAUCAAUAAAGAGUACCCAAAAGCAGUAAUAAACUCUAUAGGAUAUCAGCUAUUACAGUAGAUGCCAAAAGCGCACCAAACUGUAGGAAAAACAACAGUGGAAAGGUCAGGAAUCAAAACCUUGCCAAGUCUGCAGCUGGGAAAGCUGAAGAGUCUCCCACUGAUGCUUGCUAGUUCCCAAGAAUGUUGCUGCUAUUUUUUCUGUUGUUGUUGUGGUUGCUGGACGUUUGGGUGUCUCCUGAUGUUGGUAAGCUGCAAGCUGCAUACAAGUUUUCAAACUGCUAAACAGUUCUCAAGAAGGCUAACCGUGGGGAACAACACUGGAGAGGCUAGGAACCAGCCAGACCUCACCAGGUCUGCGGCUGGAAGUCGGGGCGUCUCCUGGUAUUGUAAGCUGCAUGUUGUAUAUGAGUUUCCAAAAUGUUAGAAUGAUGAAGAAUCACCGAUGACAAAUGACAAAAUAACAAAAUUAUACUGCCAACUGAGGUCUGUUUUAUAUAUAUAUGUAUAUAUAUAUAUAUGUAAAAUAUAUAUAUAUUUUAGAUGUACCUUAGAGCCAAGCUCCUUGUUCCUGCCUCCCCCUCAUGGAAUGGCCAAUUCCCGGAGGUUUGGGCACUUACUGUGAUAAAAACAUUAUUUAUCCUGCUGAAGGGCCAGUUCAUUCAGACAAACAAUACUUACUGUUUUCGCCUGGGAUCAUCAGCCCAAGGCCUUCCAAAGCCUGGCAACAUGCCUGUCACAUCAUUCUGAUAUAACUUACUUUUUCUACCUCAUCUGCUGAUGAGGGCAAAACAGACAGAAAGCAACAUCAUCCCAUAUCUCUCCUGCCGGGAAAGAGACGAGGGAGAAAUUUUCUUAACCCUAAGCUAAUCAAUAGCUCACAUGCAGUCUCUCAUGUGGGGGAACAAAGGAACAAAAAGCUAACAGACAAAAGCUCACAUCAGUCAAUGAAGGCAAAUUUUCCUAACACCUUCCCUACAGUUAUUUAACAUCUGCGUAUACUUUCGCUGAUCCCAUGGAGUUUGGGGACCUUCCUCAGUGCUCCCACUGCAGCUAGACCUUCCCUUAUCUAACACCAUGCUCUACUGCAGAGGUUCAACCCUGACUACACAUUUGAAUCUUCCAGAGAGCUUUCAGGUUAUAUUGAUACGUAAGCUCCACUCCAGACCAACUGUGUCAGGCGUGGGGCCUGCAUACUGGUAGUUUUGACACCUCCCAGAUGAUUCCAAUCUUUAGUCAAGACGGAGAGCCACUGCUCUAGUAGAUGAGUUGUUUCUACAUCUCCCUGGAAGACAGGGACAGCAGCCUGGCGCGUCUCAGGGACUUAGUACAGAAUGGGUGAGGAGUAAGUAUCUGCUGUACUUACUUGACAGGGAUUACAUAAUACAGAGUAACACGGUGUGCGUGAAUUUAACCUAUGUGUGCGUGACUCUGUGUUGUAACGCCACCCACUCAGUAGCUGAAACCUGUGUGACAGUGAGGGGUAUUACAGUGUGAACGGUUGUGUCCAGUGGGGGAGGACCACUAUGAAUGGCUGAACACUGGAACUUCGGGGUGUCAGUCACCACGUGAAUUGGCCAUGUCCCGAGUGUGAAGGUUCCAGUGAAUGGCUGUACUCUGUGUGACAGGGCAGAACGUCACCACCGGUGUGGCUGUGUCCUGUGAGUGACGGACUGAGGGGCUGGGGUCCUCCCACCAGGCCGAGUGUGAGGAAGCCGCAGGAGGUGCCCCUCACCAAGAUGGCGGCCAUGGAGGAGGCCGUUAGUCCUUGCAAAGGGCUGCCCGGCUCGUGAUCGCGAAGCGGAAGCAGGAGGCGCGAGAUCCGGGCCGCGGGCUGGGCAGCCAUUUGCAGGUCAGCGGGGUCAGCUCCGCGCAGGGUGCCGGCCGCAGCCCGUCCCCACCCGCGCCGUCCUAGGACUGCCCCACGCCUCGCCGGCCGCGGGAUCAUAGGCGGUGGACGGGGCCGGGGCCCCCAACCACCGGUCUGUGGAGGCGGGACCUGCACAGGCCGUCCAAUGACAUGUAACAACAGGUGGGGUCCGGCGCGCACCUGCGGGCCGACUAGUCAAAGUCAAGGCGCUGGAGCCAAUCGAGAACUUGGGAGUCGGAACUCAGCAACAAAGUAUGCUGAGCGCCUUCCUGAGCCCCCAGAAUGGCACCUGGACAGAGCUCUUCUUUCUGCUUUUGGGUCUCGUCGCUGCCCUGUACUUGGGCUACUACUGGGCAUGUGUGCCCCAGGUGAAACUUGCUGCCCCAAUCCCACCACCACCCAGCCCCGCGCUGCAGCCAGGCUCCGCUAUGCUACGGUGUUAUCACCUAAUGGAGAGUCGGUUCUUCGCCUGCCUUGGUUCUCCUCAUCUCGUGCGCUCCCCAUGCCAGCUGGGCCUUUCGGUCAUCGGAGUGGCGCUGCUCCCUGUGAUGUGGACAAGCAUUCGGGGAAAGGCCAGGCGGAAGGCAUCCUGAGGUGUCAGGGAGAUAAGCACGCUAUGCUUUCCUUUUCUUUUUAGGCAGCCUAGCUGAGUUUCUCAUUAGUGGUCCUAAAUGAAGGAACCAGAUGCCUGCGGGUUUGUGGCUUACUCCCAGCACCACUGCGACGGCAUAGUAGGGCCUUGCUUCUCUUACGGGCUGGCGGAGGUUCCCCUCCUGGCUCAGGAUUAAUGGAUAACCCAAACUGCUGUUGCUUAUGCAGCCCUGUUUUAAGUUCUAGGUUUCCCAUGGAUAGAGAAGGGAGAAAGUCUGAAGAGGUUGACUUUGAUGAACUUGGAGAUUUUAUUCCCAUUGAAAUUUAGAUAAAAUACAUAACAUAUCUAGAAAAAUCUAAACCUUUUAAUCUUCAUUAAACACAGUUCUAUCUAGGUAGCUGAGUCUAACAAGAAACCUACUGAUUCAAGCCCUUUAAAAAGAUCAAUCAGGGAUUUUAAUUUUACCUUGACUUUUCUGUAGUUUCUCAGCUUUCUACAUUCACAUGUAUUUUUUUUAAAUAAGUCUGCCUUAAUAAAACAAUUUUAAAAAUCCAAACCUCACCAUACCCUAUAAAUUUUACCUUAUAUGUCUGAUUUAGAAAGUCAUUCAUUUCAGACCAGAGCUGUCCUUAACUAAACAUUUUCCUUUGCUUGCAAUCAGCCACUAAAGUCAGAGACCUCUGCCACUUCAUACUCCAAACCCUUCCUUGACUUUCACAUACUCAUCCAUACUCGUUAAAAUGCCGAAGUGCCAUUCUGGAGGCCCUGAGGACAUGGCGUUUAUUCAGCAUGGUAUUGGACUGGUAUUGAUUAAUCACAGGGACCAAUGGCAUCUUACAAGUUAAUUCUCAGGAAUGAGUCAAGAAGUACUUCACAAGAGUUAAAAUGAAAUUAACCCACAUAAAUCAAACCCGUGACCUGAUGUAUUAGCACUUUGUUCUACACUGCUAAGCUUUUUGACCAAGGAUUUACUAAAGUGAUAACAACUCAAAAUCUUGGCAAUUAGGAGGUAAUAUAGUAUGGUGACUAAGAGCGUAAGCUCUAGACUCAGACAGAACUGGGUUUGAAUCCCAGCUCCGCCACUAACCAGCUUUGGCAAGCUUUGUGACCUUUGACAAGCUACUCAACAAUCAAAGCUGUUUCCACAGAGGGAUAACACCUAUUUCAAAGAGCUGUUUGUGAAGAUCACAGGAUAUAAUCAUGUAAAAUGCUUGGCAUGAUGCUGGAACAUAAUGAGCACUCAACAAAUUUUACUACUAGUACUAAUGGUAAUAUAAUUAUUAAUUCCGCUUUGCCUCUUGCUUGCUAUGUGACUUUGGGAAACAACCUCUGAGUCAUAGUUUCUUCACUGAAAAUAUCCUAUCUGAUAAGGUUGAGCUUAGCCUGGUGCCUGCAGAUAGCACACAACGAAUGACAGGUGUUCUUAUUCAGGUCUUACGGGUGAGUCACAUCACACAACAGUCACACUAGCAACCUGGCCUCUCUAGUUCAUAAUUUACCUAACCCCUUUUGAGUAGAGACAGCAGAAAAGAUAAAAUCUGAUCCUCGGGUUCCUUAGGGCCUCUGACAGAAAUGCGGUUUCUUUUCCUUGAGUCUGAGGCCUUUUGGCUUUGUGAGGCAUACUCCUUCAUAAGCCUUCUGUGUGGCUAGGUCCUCUCAUUCACGUGCUGUCUCUCCUGAAGAUCCAAGCAGAGGCGCUGUAAGCAGGGCUGAGUGCCCUCUGACCUCAUCUGUCCCUAUUAGCCCAUCCCUGUUACCUUCUCCCUGGCUGGCAAGAAGGAAGAGAAAAUCUAUUCACAUCAGGAUGUUUCCUCCUUCAGAGUGUGGUCUAACAGCAGGGGCCCCACAAGAAAAUGAUGGGCUGUGGUAGGAAGAAGCCUUUCAACAGUGAGCGCACACAGUAAGGAAUAGGAACAUGCAACAAUGGGGUGCUAAAAUCAGGAGGAGCCAGCAUGGCUAGAGCUAGUUUUGGAAAGAUGACAGUGUGGAUAAUUCAACUGCAAGGCAAAGGUAGCAGGUUGAAUGGUGCUGCAUUUCUUCUGCCUCUGUCCAGGAUCCCAACACUUCCUGCAAGGGAUCAGCUGGGCAACUUCUAUUACCUGCUCUCUCCAAAAUGGGUUUGGGACAUGCAUAGGCUGAGGGGGGGUCUCAGCACCCAGUCAGCUGCAGCGGCACCCAGCCCUAGUUCAGGGUCAGUUCUGGACGGGUGACACUCCUGGAGUUCUUUGGGUUAGAGCAGACGAUAUUAACAGAUAUGACUUGCUAGAUUUCUCACCGCAGCUGAAGCAGUGCCCUCCAGGCUGGCCUCUGCAGAGGGGUCACUGGUAUUGGGUGCCUCACUGGCUUGGUGCAAACAUCGGGUGUGAGGCCGAUUGUGUUGUGAUUACAGAGGCCUCAACUGGUGACUGGGUCCCGGUUUCUGGCCUUCCUGGAGCAACACUGUCCAAUCACUGUGGAGACUUUCUACCCUACGCUGUGGUGUUUUGAGGGGCGGCUACAAACCAUCUUCCGAGUCUUACUGCAGUCUCGGCCUCUAGUCCCUUACUGCAGGUAAGAAGGGACAGAAAGGGGUGAAUGUGAAGCUGCAAGUAUAGGGGAAUCCUGUCUACCUUUUAAAAAUGAAGGUAACCUUUGCACCAUAUGCCUGGGUGUGUUGAGGGUAAUAAAGAGUGGCUAGAUGGAGGGCUAUGUCUUUGCACAACCAUGAGGUAAUCCAUCUUUUAUGUCCCCAUCAUACCUUGUUAGUCUUGUUUGGCAUAACACAUGCCCUCAAGUGAGGCUGAUGGGAGUUGUGGUGUGGCAGGGGGUAAACCUUUGGAAGUACAUGGAGUUCCUAAUGAUAUCUUUGUGUGCCCUUUUCUCCAAAACCACAGUGAAGUCCUCCAAACCCCAGAUGGAGGACGGCUCCUGCUAGACUGGGCUGGCCAGCAUGACAGCAGUCAACACCCUGACCCUGCCACCCAGCCCAUUGUAUUACUGCUUCCCGGUAUCACAGGCAAUAGCCAGGAGGCAUACAUAUUGCACCUAGUUGACCAAGCUUUGAGGGAUGGUUAUAGGGCUGUCGUCUUCAAUAACCGGGGCUGCCGUGGGGAAGCUCUCUUGACCCACAGGGCCUUUUGUGCCAGCAAUACUGAAGAUCUGGAGACAGUCGUGAACCACAUAAAGCAUCGCUACUCCCAAGCUCCAUUGCUGGCUGUGGGCAUCUCUCUUGGAGGGAUACUGGUGCUGAACCACCUGGCACGAAUGGGGCAGGCUGCAGGACUGGUGGCAGCCCUGACUCUAUCUGCAUGCUGGGAUUCCUUUGAGACCACCCGCUCCCUGGAGACCCCACUCAACUCAUUGCUCUUUAAUCAGCGCCUUACUGCUGGGCUCUGCCAAAUGGUGGACCGAAAUAGAAAGGUGAUGGAAAAGGUGGUGAAUGUAGACUUUGUGCUACAGGCCCAUACAAUCCGCCAGUUUGAUGAGCGCUACACAUCUGUGGCCUUUGGAUAUCAAGACUGUGUUACCUACUAUGAGGCAGCAAGCCCAAGAACCAAGGUAGAUGCCAUCCAGAUCCCUGUGCUCUGCCUCAACGCAGCCGAUGACCCCUUCUCCCCAGUCCAUGCCCUCCCCUUACAGGCUGCCCAACAGUCUCCCCAUGUCGCACUGCUCGUCACUGCCCAGGGUGGCCACAUCGGCUUCCUGGAGGGGCUGCUCCCCUGGCAGCACUGCUACAUGAGCCGCCUCCUCCAUCAGUAUGCCAAAGCUGUCUUUCAGCAUCCAGCAGAGCUGCUCGGCCUCAGGGCUCCCUCACCUUCUGAGGGAGGCAAAAGCUGACAACAGUACCACUGGGGUCUCAGUUCAGUC